AUGGAAAAUCAGAAGAGUGGGAGCAAGCUUACCAGAACCCACUCAUCGCUCCUUAGUUGUUCUUCUCCUGCAAUCCGAUCCUCCAUCCACAGCCUCUCUUCCAUCGUCACCAAAGAGGAACACGAAUUGCAGGAACAGGAAAAGCUACUCCUCGAUGUUGACGACGACAAGAACAACAAGCCCAAGAAACCCCAAGCCCGAACGCGUCCUCGAGCCCAAGCCCACAGGUCAUCCGCCUAUUCCGCCCUUGCGGUCUUUUUCCUCGGCGCGUGUUCGCUCUUGUUCUACUUCUUCUACCUCGAGGUGUCCUCCUCGGAGAACGUUUUACUGGCGCUGAUUUUCGUGGCCGUGGCGCUCUACUUUGUGUCCAAGAACAAGGGUCUGAUUCAGAGAUCCUUUUCCGCGGCGAAGCAUUCGUGGGAGGAGAAUGUGAAGCGGUUGGGGUUUUCGAAGGCGGUGGCUCUAAACCCUAACCCCAAAAAGAACACACGAAAUUAUCCAAAUCAGAAACCCCAAUCACAAAAUCGCAACUUCAAAAGCCAUUCCUUCAACGCUGGAAAACGAAAGUUGGUUAGCAUUAUUCCAUCAACGCAUCGCUGCCGGUGA